AGAAUUUUCUCGCUCAACCCCAUUACCACACGAACGACGGAGACGACGUCGAGAGCUUUAAGAUGGAGCUUACGUCAGGAAUUGCAUCAUUUUGUAUUAUCGUAACACUUUCAAUAACACAUCUAGAAGCAUACAAAUUUUUACAAGGAAAAAUUCCAAAUGGAGAUAAUGUUCCCCAUCCAUGUAAAUCGAACUAUAUAUGGCAAGGUGUAGGACAUAAGAACGCUAAUGGUGGAGGAGAAAGAAAUGCAUUCGGUCUCGAUUUUAACGCCAAUGGAAAGGUGUGGACUGAAGCGUUGUGUAAGGCAGACUCAGACAAGGAUGGGAAAACUAACGGAGAGGAGCUUGGUGACCCAAACUGUGUCUGGAUGGAAGGGCAGACUCCUGCAAUUACAGAUACAAAAAAACUAUCACAUCCAGGAGUUUGUGAUCCUUGGAAUUCCCCAAAAUGUCAGGCACAAAACCAAUGGGAGUUUUGUGACGCCUCUGAAUUCAAAUGCCCUACACUGGACGCAACAAAGGAUGUGAGAAACGCGACCAUACGAUUCCCACCCACGCCAGUCCCUGCAGCGGAAACCAACUACAUGUGCCUUACUGUACCCCUACCCGAGGACGGCGACUACCACAUGAUUGCCAUGAAACCCAUAAUUAAUAACACAUACGUCAUGCAUCAUAUGCUGCUUUACGCAUGCGCUGAAGAUGAACUACCGGGUGGAGAAAAUGACGUGCGCACGAAAUUUCGUACCCCAAGGCUUUGUGGAAUGUCUACUGGGUGCACUAAAUUAAUAUCGAAAUGGGCACUCGGUUACCAAGGUGAAUGCGGUUCUGAUAAAGCGGCAUUUAGAAUAGGAAAAAAUGGAUACAAAACUGCAGUUCUACAGAUGCAUUGGAAUAAUCCAGAAUUGCGAUCAGACUACGUCGACAGCUCUGGUAUGGAAUUGUACUACACGCCUAAUCUACGACCGUACGACGCCGGUUAUGUGAUGACAGGGCAACGUUCCAUUGUGAUCCCUCCCGGACUGCCAAGUGUUCGGGUAUCAGGAGGAGCGGCGUCUAUUUGCACCAAGGAGUAUAUGAAAAAGCCCGUCUAUGUUUUAGAGACUCUUCUCCAUAUGCAUUAUCUAGGAAAGGCGGCGUCAUUGGAACAUUUUAGGGAUGGAAAAAAGUUAAACAAUUUUGGAGUAGAUGAAGUGUAUGACUACGAUAGUCCAGUUACACACAAAUUUGAGCCACCUGUCGAAUUCCUACCUGGGGAUGAACUUUUCAUGAGUUGCGAAUUUGAUUCCACAUCGAAGAACACAACAACUAGAUUCGGCGAUGCAACAUCUGAUGAAAUGUGUUAUGGCUUCGUCGUGUAUUACCCUGAAAUAAAGAAUAUGAGCGAUCUCAUUCAAAUAGGUAACGCAAGUGAUUGUGCAGCCAGUUUGAGUAAAACAUGUCCCGACCACAUGGGAUAUCUAUUUGGCGAGGGAGUGAGGAAUCUUAGCAACAUAAUUGUUCCAAAUUGUGAUAUGGAAGUGGAUGGAAAGUGUACUCCAAAAUGCAAAGAUGUGGUCGACGAAAUUUAUCGUACUGAUGGAUGUCUAUCAGAUAAAUACGUCAUUGAUGUUUAUAAGGAGUUCCUCAAAGACAACAGGGGUAUGGAUUACGUUUGGAGAGGUUUCGAGUCGUGCGAUGCAGAACGAGCCAAGGAUCUGGAGAAGGAAAAUGGAGUUAGUCGGCCUACUUGGACCACUGGUCAACCGGGAGCAGGAACUGAUGUUUCUGUUGCCUUUACCACACUUAUAUUUGCUGCGCUACUUCAUACACUGAUAUGCUAGAUGCAUAACGUGAACAAAAUUGAAUGCCCUUGAUGGCAUAUAUAUCAUAAUAUAUCAUUCGAACUAUUAUAAACAAUAUAAUGGACUGACAAUAUUCAAGUAACGAUCGUAUUCACCGUUCAGUAUUAUAUAAUUAUUAAAACGCUUAAUCAUGGAUACUACCCGUAGAAGUAGUCAUCAUAUUUUGUGUACAUUGCCCGAAAACUAAUACUCAUAGUAAUGGCCGAUAUAUGUUUGAAAAUAAAAAGUGUGUG